AUGCAUGACUAUGUGAAUUUGAAGGAAAAACACAAAGAAACUGCAAAACAGAAUUCCAACAGUUCAAAACAUCCGAAAACACUACCUCCUAAUGACGUGGUGAGACAGAAAAGCUUCAAAGGAAUCGCUGACAUACUCGCUAUUUACAUGAGUAUCUUCUUUCGACUUAUCCGCCCGUUUGCAUUGGGUCCAGAGAUCCGGCCCGUUAUCUCGUUCUUUGCUGUGCUUAGUACUGUCACGUACUUCGCACACAUGAUCGGGAAUAUGGUUAUUGCCCUCAAUCGCUAUUCGGCUUUCUGUCUGUCCGAUAAAUAUGACAAGAUAUGGAGACGGAGAAACGUGUGGAUUAUCGUGGCAUUGCAGUCCGUUGUGGCUUUUAUCGCUGCUAGUCCUCUUAUUGGAGCGGGAAUGGUGUAUGCUCCAAAUGCUGACGGAACGUAUCAGUUUAUAGGAUUAGAGCAACAAGUUGACCUG